AGUACUUGGAGGCAGCAUUUGUUUUCCUUCCGUCAUCUACUGAGCAGCAAAGCAAAAAGUCAUGAGGAAGGAGAUCAUCAUUCGGAUGUAUGUGAACUCGGAGAAAUACCAAACCAAAGCCAUGAAAGUGGCAGCCACUGCUAGCGGGGUGGAGUCGGUGACGCUGGCCGGCGGCGACAAGAAUCUGCUGCUGGUGAUUGGCGACGACGUGGACUCGAACAAGCUAACCAAGAACCUCAAAAAGAAGGUGGGCGCUGCGGAGAUCGUGGAGCUGAGGACGCUCGACACGUUCGGCGUGUCGUCGCUCCCGCUCCCGGCGGGGACCAACGGGGCUGUUGCGGCGGGGCGGUCGCCGUACAAUAGUUCGCAGUACUACCAGUACAGCGCGGCGCCAAGUCCCUAUGCCUACCACCACCACCAGUCGCCGCUGGCCGCGCAAGGUGGCUAUGGCUACGGCUACGGCAGCAGCUACUCACGCGCGGUGGCGCGCAGCCACCCGGGAAACUACUCGCCCCUGGUUGAGAGGCACGACUACUACCCCAUGGACCACUCCUCCUCCUCCGGCGGCGGCAGCACCAGCUACAGCUCGGUGCCUCGCCGCGAGAGUGGCUCCGGUGGCUGCUGCAUACAGUAGCACACACCCCCAUCGCCUGCACAGCUGGAUUGAGCUUCUCAUGAAAGUUUUCUUCUUAUGGGUUUUAUUUUGGUGUUCUUCUUUUCAUCAGUUUGGAAGGUUAUAGCCGACCUUGUAAAUGUUAAUUAGCUGGCUGUCGCCCUGUUGAUGGUCUGAAGUGGUGUCAGAUGUUUCUGCAAUUAUGUUGCUA